AUGACAUUUUCCACUGCCACCCCGAAGCCUUUCCAGGUAACCACAAGAGAAGAGAAUAUCCUUCCACAAGCCCGCGAGACUGGACAAGUGAUACCGGAGGGCCCAGGCCAAGAUGCGACCGCGGUGACAAAAGAUGGACCUACGGUCAAACCAUGGGCGCAUUUUGUCGCAGGAGGUGUUGGCGGCAUGACAGCAGCAGCCCUGACCUCUCCACUUGACGUUCUAAAAACACGAUUACAAUCCGAUUUCUACCAAGCUCAGUUACGGGCGCUUCAUGCACAGCACCCACUCCCUCACAAAACCACCCUCUUAUCCAUACCUCGGUCUGCUUUUUUUCAUAUCGCCGAGACCGUACAAAUACUCCGCUCGAUACACCAGCAUGAGGGAUUUCGGGCAUUGUUCCGUGGUCUGGGUGCGAACUUGGUUGGUGUGGUUCCGGCGCGGAGUAUCAAUUUCUAUGUUUAUGGAAAUGGAAAGCGGCUACUGAACAACUAUUUGAAUCCGGAGGGCAAGGAGAACAUGUGGACCGUUCACCUUUUAGCGGCAGCGACAGCCGGAAUCGCGACGGGCACUGCGACAAAUCCAAUCUGGUUGGUGAAGACGAGGUUGCAGUUGGAUAAGAAUAAUGCGACCCACGAUCCUUUGAGCCGACGGCAGUAUCGAAACAGCUGGGACUGCGUGAAGCAAACCGUGCGGCACGAAGGAAUUCGAGGCUUAUAUCGAGGAUUGUCUGCUUCCUAUCUUGGAGUUACAGAAUCAACCCUUCAGUGGGUUCUCUACGAACGGAUGAAGCUCUCGUUGGCACGUCGAGAGGCGAAAAGACUUGCGACACCAGGAUACCAACCAACAUGGUUUGAUAAUACGGAAGAAUGGGCCGGCAAAUUCUCUGCUGCUGCUGGCGCCAAAGGAAUUGCCGCCGCCGUCACAUAUCCACAUGAGGUUGUCCGGACGAGAUUAAGGCAGGCACCCACGACAAUUGCAGAGAAUGGAAAAGCAACAGUCAAGUACACCGGACUUGUGCAGUGCUUCAGACUGGUCGCCAAAGAAGAAGGUAUUGCAGGUUUGUAUGGAGGCAUGACACCUCAUCUGCUCCGUGCUGUACCUAGCGCGGCCAUUAUGUUUGGAACAUACGAGAUCAUUCUACGCCUUGUCGGAACCACCGCAUGA